CGCUGCCGGCGCAGAGGCGUCCACCAAAGCGGGUGUCUUCAAGACCAAACUCUCCAAGCACCCUGAAGCCGGCCCUCUCACUGUGGCUGGCCUACAGGCGCAGGCCAAGAUGCUUCAGCUCAAGUACGGCUCGGCCUCUCGCCAGAGUCCCUUCGUAGCGGGCAAGGAGCACGAGUUUGCGAUCCAGCCGGUCGAUGACAAGAGCUCUGCUUGGUAUGCCGAGGCCAAAAAGGGCCACGGCGUGCCUUUGACAGACUUCAUGAACGCGCAGUACUUUGCGGACAUUUCGCUGGGGACGCCUCCGCAGUUGUUCAAGGUGAUCCUGGACACUGGCUCGUCAAACUUGUGGGUGCCAAGCAAGGAGUGCACGAGCAUCGCCUGCUUCCUGCACACCAAGUACGACCACGACUCGUCGUCAUCAUACAAGCAAAACGGGUCUAGCUUCAGCAUCCAGUACGGCUCAGGUGCAAUGGAGGGCUACGUGUCGUCGGACACGUUGACAAUUGGCGAUCUGAGGAUCAAGAAGCAAGACUUUGCCGAGGCGACAUCGGAGCCGGGCCUGGCGUUUGCGUUUGGAAAGUUUGACGGCAUCCUCGGCCUCGCUUACGACACCAUCUCUGUCAACGGCAUCGUGCCACCGUUCUACCAGAUGAUCAACCAGAAGCUGAUCGACCAGCCGCAGUUUGCCUUUUACCUCGGCAGCUCCGAUUCGGAUGGCGGCGAGGCAGUCUUUGGCGGCGUUGACGAAUCGCACUACACGGGCAAGAUCACCUACGCCCCCGUCCGCCGCAAAGGCUACUGGGAGGUCAGCCUGGACAAGGUUUCAUUCGGCGACGAGGACAUGGAGCUCGACAAUGCCGGUGCGGCCAUUGACACGGGCACCUCGCUCAUCGCGCUCCCCACCGACGUCGCAGAGAUCCUUAACAAGGAGAUCGGCGCGACUAAGUCUUGGAACGGCCAGUACACGAUCGACUGCGAAAAGGUCAAGAGCCUUCCGAACCUCACCUUCACCUUUGACGGAAAGCAGUACCCGCUCGGCCCAGAGGAUUACAUCCUCAAUGUACAGGGCUCCUGCCUAAGUUCAUUUAUGGGCCUCGACAUGCCUAGCAACCUAGGCACACUCUGGAUCGUUGGAGACGUCUUCCUCCGCAAGUAUUACACCGUCUACGACCUUGGCAAGAACGCCGUUGGAUUCGCCAAGGCGGCCUGACGGACGGUCGGUCCCAUCUCACGCUCUGCUGCCUCGCUUCUCAGACUCUCCUCACCUUUGUUCUCUCUCAUGCUCCGCUGCCGUUUCCCAAAUCGGUGGAAAUACGUAUGUAAACGUUCUGCCCUUGUACCGUAGAAACCUCCACCAAGUUCUCUUUGGGGCGCAAACGUACGCGGCAACACGGACGCGUUGCAUCAUGCUUGGGUUCUAUCAACGGCUGGUUUACGGCCUCUAUCGUCGGAAUCCUGUGAGCGCCGCCGCCAUCUACCAAGCCGAAAGGUUCCUCGCAGCCCACUCGAAAGCGACAAAGG